CAGGCCCGGCGGCCGCAGACCCCAAGCCGGCCGCGCGCCAGGCGCCGAUGGCCGGCCGCUCCCUGGGGCAGGCGGUAGCCACCGUGUCGCUCUCAGUGGCCCUCGCGUCCGUGGCGGUCCGGUCGUUAGGUUGCCGUGGCGUCCCCGCGUCCAGUGCUUAUAAAACCCCUCAAUCAGAGCGUCCCUCUCUGCUGGUGUGAAUGAACUUCCCUUUACACAUCUGGUCUUCAGUGGGGUUUGCCGAGGGAGAAACUCAACUCGGGCAAUCACUGAUGGCUGCUUUUGUUGAUUGGUACCAGAACAAUACAAAGCUGCUCGGUGUUCCGUCUUUAUCGUAGUAAGAUGGGGAAGGGAACUUUGACAGUGGGGUAUCCAGAACCGAAACUGCAUAUUCAGAAGAAAAGCCCAGAGUCAGCAAGAAUGUGUCAAGUGCCAGCUAAUCUAAUAUUGCAAACCAUCUGGGGAGCGACAAGAGCGAUAUCACUUCAAGAGUUUUGUGGCUAUCAUUUUCUUCAGUGGUGUGGCCUAGCUUAGAGCCUGGCUCUGCAUUCUGACUGCUAAACUCGUUUCCGUCCUGUGGAUUUCACCUUGGCGCUGUCAUCAUGUCAGGUUCUAACGGUACCAAUGAGAAUUCCCACAACAAGGCUCGGACAUCUCCUUACCCUGGUUCUAAGGUCGAGCGGAGUCAGGUUCCUAAUGAGAAGGUGGGCUGGCUUGUGGAGUGGCAGGACUAUAACCCGGUGGAGUACACUGCAGUCUCCGUCCUGGCUGGGCCCAGGUGGGCGGACCCUCAGAUCAGUGAAAGCAACUUUUCUCCCAAAUUCAAUGAAAAGGAUGGGCAUGUGGAAAGGAAGAGCCAGAAUGGCCUGUACGAGAUUGAAAAUGGAAGACCCAGAAACCCUGCAGGGAGGACAGGACUGGUUGGCCGGGGUCUUUUGGGGAGAUGGGGCCCAAAUCAUGCUGCAGAUCCCAUCAUAACCAGGUGGAAAAGAGAUGACAGUGGCAAUAAAAUCACACAUCCUGUUUCCGGGAAAUGCAUCUUACAGUUUGUUGCAAUAAAGAGGAAAGACUGUGGAGAGUGGGCCAUCCCAGGGGGUAUGGUAGACCCUGGAGAGAAGAUCAGUGCCACACUGAAAAGGGAGUUCGGUGAGGAGGCCCUCAACUCUUUGCAGAAGUCCAGUGCUGAGAAGAGAGAGAUCGAGGAGAAGCUGCACACACUCUUCAGCCAGGAGCAUCUCGUGAUAUAUAAGGGGUAUGUUGACGAUCCUCGGAACACUGAUAAUGCGUGGAUGGAGACAGAAGCUGUGAACUACCACGACGAAACAGGGGAGACCAUGGACAAGCUCACCCUGGAGGCCGGAGAUGAUGCAGGGAAGGUGAAGUGGGUGGACAUCAGCGACCAGCUCAAGCUCUAUGCCAGCCACUCUCAGUUCAUCAAACUCGUGGCUGAGAAACGAGAUGCGCACUGGAGCGAGGACCCUGCCACUGAUAGCCACGGACCGUAGCUUGUCCCCAGAGACCACCUGGGAGCACUGCAGACGGCAGGGUCGCAGCACUCACACGCCACAAAAGACACUCGGAAAUGUUUGCAACUCGGUAAAGUGAGUGAACCCAGGGAAGUAGAACUCUGAAUUUUAAACUUUCUUCUCAGAGGAUUAGAGAUCAACAGAUUUUGUAUGUAUGAACAAAAGCAUGUCCGAACAAAAAUAACAAAUGUUCUCUGAAGAAUUGUAAAUAAAAUAAAAAUAAAACCCAGCUGCUGGUGA